CGGGUCUGUAGGGGGGACCCAUUGAAUGAUCCGUACGCACUACUAUGGAGUGGCUUUGGAUCGCUGUGGCAACUUGUAUGCUCACGUCCCCCUAUGUCAAAGGCAACGACUGGUGGUGGGAGUAUGAGGAAGGGAUACGACACUACAGCCAGGAGGCCCUCAACAAGGAGUUUCCAGAGAAAACUCGACCAGUGAGCUUCAAACAUCCUGAGUUUCAGUGCCCGGAUAUGAGUCCAUCUCCCUCUGUCCCCUCCUCAGUUGAAUAUGUGAAGGCGGCAGAUAUCAAAGUCAUCGCAGCCUUAGGGGAUUCACUGACAACAGCUAUAGGAGCCAAUGCCACCACUGUGCUCGGGAUUCCUAUUGAGUUUCGUCAUGUGUCAUGGAGCAUUGGAGGCUACGGCUCAUUUCAAGAAGUCAUUACUUUGGCAAACAUCAUCAAGCUGUUCAAUCCCAAACUGCUCGGUGCUGCUCCUGGAAAGACGGUCCACGGGAUGCAGGCUCAUAUCAGUGAAACUGGCUUCAAUCUGGCUGUGACUGGACACAACACCUUCAACCUCCCUGACCAGACAAGACAUUUGAUUGACACUCUGAGAGGUUAUGAGGGUAUAAACUUUGAGGAGGACUGGAAGCUCUUGACUAUUCUCAUGGGCAUGAAUGACAUCUGUGACUACUGCAAAGAUAAGGCUCUAUUCUCAGUGGAUAACUUCAUUCACUAUAUGACCGUGGCCUUGGAAAUGCUCAUGAAUGAGGUUCCUCGUAUGAUCGUUAAUGUGGUUCAGAUCCUGCCCAUGCACACUCUUAGAGAGGUGCAGAAACCCACCCCUGGAUGUCUGCUCCAAAGGUCUUUCUGUUCAUGUCUGAUUGAGCCAGUUCCCAGGUCUCCUGAACUGCAGGAGAUGGUAGAAGUCAAUUUGGAGUUCCAGAAAAGACUUGAAAAGCUGCUGAACAGCGAUCGCUUCUUCAGGGAUGACUUUGCAGUCAUUCUUCAGCCCUUUCUGAAACAUGCUGACCCUCCCCGCCUCCCGAGUGGGAAGAUAGAUAUGACCUUCUUCACUCACGACUGCUUCCACUUCACCAUAAAGGGACACGAGGAGCUGGCCAAAGGGCUGUGGAACAACAUGUUUCAGCCUGAGGGAGGAAAAAUGAUUGUGAGCAGUUUCUCCGACCCCAUCAGUCUCAUCUGUCCUCCUAUGGAACAUCCGUAUAUCUUCACCAGACCCAUUGCAGCGAACUCAGGCCAGUCUCACCAGCAGUCUGAUGCUCGGUCACAUGCUGUCACCUUCCUGCUGCUCUUGCUCCAUGUGCCUUUGAGAUGUCUUGGACUCGUGUAGCUCUCACUCUGAUGAACUUUUCACGAAUAUGUCACCUCCACAUUUGCUUCAGAUGAGGUGAUGAAGUGGAUCACUCCCAAAGGCGAGUUUUAGAGCUACCCUCCUGAGUGCCCCUGAGAGCACCGUAGAGGAUUUUUUUUUUAAGCUUUAAAGAUGAAGAAUGAUUCCUACAUCCCUAAUGUCAAAUGUUACGUGGCAGUUGGCGGUUUAAAUAUGAAAGACUUAAAGAAUGUGUUUGUGAGAAACUUUUUUUUGAGACUGUUUCUGCUCUUAGCAGAACAUUUUCUAUAUUGAUUUAAUAUUUAAAUACACUUUUCCUGGGGCAAGAUUACUUUCCUACCCUGACCAUACACUAACUGAUGUGAGGGGAAGAUCUUAUGUGUUCCUCCCACAAUUGUAAUGAAAAGUAAACUUAAGGUGUAAGUUUUAACUACAUUUACAGAUAAAAUGCCCAGAUUCAUUUUGCAUAAAGUCAAACUUUUGAAUUGUUCAUGUGAAAAUUGUACUUGCAUAAUAAAAUCAUUAAAAAUAAUGCCAAAAGUGAAGUCCAUGUCUGCUAAGUUUUUUUGAAAAUGAUUUAUUCGAUGGUCGAUUAGUUUCUCAUACCUCACCAAAUCCUGAUACUUUUACUGUUUCAGUAUUUGUGGUUAAAUAAUUUGAUGUUAUAAAGUAUGUUUUUAUAAGCUAACAGCGAGAAA